AUACAACCACUCAGCCCAACUGCCGCCCACAACGGCACAGCGACACUCGAGGACCCAACAAUCUUACAUAGGGCUGAGGCACCGUUGAAGGAAUUCUUCCUGCAAGCGCUCAGUAAGCAUGGAUGGGAAAAAAUCCGAACUCGCCACCAGCCUUCUUUCUGUACGUGCCCAAGGUACCUGCCAUCUAUCUCACCUUGCGUCCUCACCGUGUUGGUGCGCGUCCCAUGGCUUGGCAUGCGCCAUCUCUCAACGGUGACAUGUGAAAGAGCCUUUUCAAUUUUUGAGUUCCAGGUUUGUCCACGAAGCAACGGCACCGAAGGCCGUGGCUUACCGCGAAAAGUCCGAGGAUCCAGAAAGAGCGAACAUUGACAAACACAAGUUACACAACACUCACACAUGCAGAUAGACGCCUCUGUUCAUGGUGGCUCAGGCGCUUAUUCCACUGUACCGCAUCGGUGAUAGGAAGCUUGACAUUGACCGGUGAUAUUCCCGAUCACCUUCAGGAGGUGAAAAGUUCCAUGUAACUCCUCCUGCCCUUGAGGCAUCCGACAUCAGAUUCGGCGUUCAGGGACGGAGAUAUAUCUGAAUGUCUAGAGAAGUUGAGAACUUCCACGCCGACACACAACAAUCCAACAUGCACGAUGUUUAACCCGUCAAGUACGCCACCAGAACACUUUAGAUAGAGAGAGAUGAGGACAAAAAGACAAAAAGACACUUUUAUUCACCAAGGCUAAUUAAUCAAUGGACUGGAGGAAUGAGGAGGCAAAAACAUCUGGAUACACUGGGAAUUGAACCCAGGACCUUUCACAAGUUUCACACUUGAACCAAGAUGCGAAGCGAAAAUCAUACCACUAGACCAUGUACCCUGGUAAUUGGUGACAUUCAGCUGCCAAUUUAGGGUCUAAAUCGGGCCCUACCCUGCCAUUUCUUCCUGCGAAACCACUGCGACUGUUCACCAUCUCUCAAACAUCAAUCAUCACCAUCAUCACCAUCAUCCUCUUCAUCCACAGCAACGACCACCAAGAUCGUCUCAUUGCAAGCCUCCCAACCAAGUCUUGGAAAACAUUCUGGUCUUUGAGCCUCAACAAAAAUGCCCCGCACCCCCGAAGCCCAAGCAUUCUUCUACGCGGUCUACGCCGCCGUCCAAGAAAUCCCCGAAGGCAAAGUCACCACCUACGGACACAUCGCGAAACUGAUAGGCACCCCCCAGCGACCCAGACAAGUAGGCACAGCCCUCAAGCACCUCCCCGCCGACACCUCCCUCCGGUAUCAUCACGACAAUGUCCCCUGGCAGAGGGUAAUCAACGGGAAAGGGAUCAUAUCUCCGAGAUCACAGCCAGAUGGGGCUCGUAACCAAGCCGCAAGUUUGCAGGCUGAAGGCGUGGUCGUCGCAACAGGGGCACUUGGUGAACUGAUGGUAGACUUUGCAGAGUAUGGCUGGUUCCCACGACUGUUGCCCUCUGACGAGGCAGCGGGCGUGGUCCCAGAAGACAGUGAUGGCGACGGAGAGUCCAGUGAAGAAUAGAUUAUGAUUAUUAUAUGUUCUAUGAAACAAAUGUCGACCAAAAUAUGGACCUCGAAUUCCA